GAGCGGGAAGAGGGGGGUCAGAAAGGCCCGGCUUUAUAAAGGCGGCUGGAACCGCGCUGCCCGCCAGACCCUGCCGCCGGGAUCUCCAGCUCUGCCCGCCGCCCCACGUGACCGCGCCGACCUCCCCACCCCACUUCCCACCUCCACCGCAUUCCCCGAAGAGCUAUCUUGAGGGUAACGAUCCAGGCCAGUGCCCUCUCCUGGUCGGACAUCGGAGGAGUGGGUUUUAGCGGCCGGGUGGCUGCCGCGACCCCACCCCACCCCCAAGCCCGCUCGCCAUGGCCCUCUUCGGGGCCCUCUUCCUAGCGCUGCUGGCAGGCGCUUUCGCCGAGAUCCCCGGCUGCAAGAUCCGCAUCACCUCCAAGGCGCUGGAGCUGGUGAAGCAGGAGGGGCUGCGCUUUCUGGAGCAAGAGUUGGAGACCAUCACUAUUCCGGACCUGCGGGGUAGAGAGGGCCAGUUCUUCUACAACAUCUCUGAGGUGAAGGUCACAGAGCUGCAGCUGACAUCCUCUGAGCUCCAUUUCCAGCCAAAGCAGGAGCUGGUACUACAAAUCACCAAUGCCUCUUUGGGGAUACGUUUCCAGAGACAGCUUCUCUACUGGUUCUUCUAUGAUGGGGGCUAUAUCAACGCCUCCGCUGAGGGUGUAUCCAUCCGCAUCGCUCUGCACCUCUCUCGAGAUUCCACAGGCCGGAUGAAAGUGUCCAAUGUCUCCUGCCAGGCCUCUGUCUCCAGAAUGCACGCAGCCUUUGGGGGAACCUUCAGGAGGGUGUAUGAAAUCCUCUCCACGUUCAUCACCUCGGGGAUGCGCUUCCUCCUCAACCAGCAGAUCUGCCCCGUGCUCUUCCACGCAGGGAUGGUGCUGCUCAACUCCCUCCUGGACACCGUGCCUGUACGCAGUUCUGUGGACAAUUACGUUGGCAUUGACUACUCCCUCCUAAAGGAUCCUGCCGUCUCUGCCAGCCAUCUGGACAUGGACUUCCGGGGGUCCUUCUUUCCUCUGGACCAGGGGAACUGGAGCCUGCUCAACCAGGCAGUGGAGCCCCAGCUGCUGGAGGAGGAGCGGAUGGUGUACGUGGCCUUCUCUGAGUUCUUCUUCGACACUGCCCUGGAGAGUUACUUCCAGGCAGGGGCCCUGCAGCUGUUGCUGGUGGGGGAUAAGGUGCCCCGUGAUCUGGACAUGCUGCUGAGGGCCUCCUACUUUGGGAGCAUUGUCCUGAGCCCAGCAGUGAUUGACUCCCCGCUGAAGUUGGAGCUGCGGGUCACGGCACCACCUCGCUGUACCAUCAAGCCGUCGGGCACCACCGUCUCCGUCACUGCCAGUGUCAUCAUCGCCCUGGCCCCACCCAACCAGCCCGAGGUCCAGCUGUCCACCAUGGUCAUGGACGCCCGACUCAGCGCCAAGAUGACGCUCCGGGGGAAGGCACUGCGCAUACAGCUGGACCUGCGCAAGUUCCGAAUCUACUCGAACCAGUCUACGCUGGAGUCCCUGGCACUGAUCCCGCUGCAGGCCCCUCUGAAGACCAUGCUGCAGAUUGGGGUGAUGCCCUUGCUCAAUGAGCGGACCCGGCGUGGGGUGCAGAUCCCACUCCCUGAGGGGAUAGACUUUGUGCACGAGGUGGUGACGAACCAUGCGGGCUUCAUCACCAUCGGGGCGGACCUCCACUUUGCCAAAGGGCUUCGAGAGGUGAUUGAGAAGAACCGGCCUGCCGUUCCCACAGACCCUGCGGCAUCCAGUACCCCACCACCCUCCACGGCAGCGGCAGCUGUCUGAGCAGUCAACCCCUACCCCCUGACAGCUGCAUUCAGGACUCCACUGUCUCAUCCCCUCCCUCACUCUGUCACAGCCUAUAUAUUGUCCUUUCUAAUCCCCAGUGCCACAGAGAAGACGGGGUUUUAAGCUGUACCCAAUUUAAUUCCAUAAUCACAGUCAAUCCAGCAAUUACAGUCCGUCCAACCUCCCAG